ACGUCUGAAACUCGAGAAGAAGAAACAGCGCGUUGCCAUCUUGUUCCACCAAUGUUAUCUACAGUGCGUCGCUCAAUAACAGCUUUACAGUGAAAAGCAGGAAAUAUUAAGUAAUAUUAUACAACAUCUGACUUUGGAUAUUCUCAGAAGAACGCGUGCAUCUAGUGCCUAGCGGGAGUAUGCGAAUCGGGCCAAAAAUUUUCCGUGUAUUUCGGUUACUCUGAACGUGAAGACCCGCGUCUAAACAGGCCCAAAUAACUCGAGCUUUAUCAUAUUAUAUCUUGGUCACAAGCUAUUGUAAAGAUGGACUUUAUAAAAGAGGAGAGUGAAGAAAUUACAAUUCCAGAACCAUGGAGAGUGAAAAUUGAACAAACAGAUGAACAAAGAGGUCUGGAAGUAAAAGAGGAAAGUGAAGAACUGAAUGUGGAUGAGAAACAUCAGUAUGAGGAACCUCAGAGUGUCCUAACUGGACAGAAAGUUUUAAGUUGCUCAAGGUCUGGGAGAAGUUUCUCAUACAAAAGAGCUAAUAGAAAUGGAUUUUUCUUCACCUGCCUUGAAUGUAAAAGGAGUUUUGAGUCUAAAGAGCACCUGAUGGAUCACUUUAGAACUCACUCUGGAGGAAGUUGCUCAGAGACUACAUCAAACGUAGUGCGAACUGGUGCUCAACCAAUUUGCAAUUUGCCCUUCACCUGCCAUCAAUGUCAGAAGAGUUUUGCUUGUAAGGAACACCUGAUGGAGCACUUUAGACUUCACACUGUGGAGAAACCUUUCCCAUGUGAUCAGUGUGGGAAGAGUUUCAUUCAUAAACAAAGCCUUAAGAAUCACUUAAGAGUUCACACUGGCUUGAGGCCGCACGUAUGCCAUCUGUGUGGGAAGAGUUACAUACACAAAGAUAAUCUUACUGAUCACAUGAGAAUUCACACUGGAGAGAAGCCUUUUGCAUGUGACCAGUGUGGAAAGAGUUUCACACAUAAAGGAAGCCUUCUACAUCACAUGAAAAUUCACACUGGACUGAAACCUUUCACUUGCCGUCAGUGUGGAAGGCAUUUCACACAUAAAGGAAAUCUGAAGAUUCAUAUAAGACUUCACACUGGAGAGAGACCUUUCAUAUGCCCUCAAUGUGGGAAAAGUUUCAUUUAUCACGGAAACCUAGUUGGUCAUAUGAAAAAGCAUUCAGGAGAGAAAUUAUACCACUGUUCUCAGUGUGGAAAGAGUUUCAUUGAGGCUCGACAUCUCCAGAAGCAUGAGAAAACUCAUGAAACCGUAAGGCCCUUUGUGUGUUCUGAGUGUGGUAGAGGUUUUCUGUGGCUCCACAAUUUUAAAGAGCACCAGAAAAUCCAUACCGGUGAGAAACCUCAUGUGUGCUUCGACUGCGGGAAAGCCUUUACAAGAGUCAUAUACUUAAAAAGGCACCAAAGAAUUCAUACUGGCGAGAAACCUUACAAGUGUGCACGUUGUGGAAUGUGUUUCACGGUUUCUGAUUCCCUGAAAGCCCAUGAGCGAGUGCACACUGGAGAGAAGCCGUACAAGUGCCCUUCAUGUGAGAAGUGUUUUGGUCGAUUAAGUACUCUGUUGACUCAUAAGAAAAAGCAUUGUCCAAAGUUGGCGAAGUAAGAGUUGUUGUGAAAUGUCACAAUGUUUGCAGGGAUGCUUUUUGAUUAUAUUUUGGGGAGUAGCAGUACUAUAUCUGCAUUAAUAUCCUUAAAAAUUACAUACUUUAUCAUAUUUGUUGUAAGGUCAUGCAUGGAACAAAUGGUGUUGGAAGCUUUAAUAGUAGGUUUCUGAAAAGCUGGGAACUUGCUUCCAAACGUAAGAAGACUUUGCUGAACGUCCAGAGUGCUCUUUGUUAUAAUGGGAUCUGGGGCUGUCGAGCUCCAAACAAGAACCAAAAAAAGCACCAUGAAGGUAGUCCAGUGUUAAGGCGUAUGGCUGAAAUGCAAGUCGUUUUUUGCUGUAAAUUUUCUUCACUGCUGUAGCUCUCAAAUAAUUACUAGGAAUGCACCGAAAUAUGCCGCCCCGCCACUUCAUGUUUAGUGAUCAGGUUUCACUCUUGCGCAGCGUGAUUUCUAACUAUGCUAGCGCCUCUGCUUUGGAAGAUGCACAACUUCGAAGUGACUGUUCAAUGUUCUGCUUCGUGUGCACGCCUGAGCUCUCUGCUCCAUGUGUGCACUGUGCUCUCGGCUCAAAAUGUUGCGCUCUAUGUGUGCGCUGUCUGCUCAGUCACUCACGGCCCAAACGCUCUACUUAUGUACCACUCACAACAUUACUAAUAAAAUAAGGUUAUAUUGGGCAUACCAGUAUUCAUAUUGUUGGAUUACAGUCAAGCCCAAAGUGUGAGUUUAUGGUUGAAUAGGGUACAUUAAUUGCAUUGUUUAGUUGUUUUAUAACCAAGGCCACAAAUAUGUAGUGCGCAAACUGUACAUAAUGAAACUAACAAAAAUAAAAAGAGCAAAUUCA